AUGAGAAGGCAACUCCGCUCCAGAAGGGCUCCGGCCUUUCCUUAUGGUUAUCGCUACAGACUUGAUGAUCAGGAUGAAGUAAAUCAGAACUACUUAGCAGAUGAGGAGGAGGACGCAGAAGAAGAGCCUCAGGUGAUGAUGGUGCCUGGUCUGGAGGAAGAGGAAGAUGAGGAGGAAGGAAAAGAAGAGGAAGAAGAAAGGGAGGAAGAAGGUCAGGGUCAGCCGACAGGCAAUGCCUGGAGGCAGAAAUUGCAGAUCGUGGCUGAAUAUCUGUGGGACCCAGAGAAAAGGAUGUCUCUGGCCCGAACAGGUCAGAGUCGCAGUCUGAUUUUAGUCAUUUACUUCUUCUUCUAUGCCUCGCUGGCAGCUGUGAUCACUCUAUUCUUGUACAUGCUGUUCCUAGCCAUCAGUCCCUACAUGCCAACCUUCACUGAGCAGGUGAAACCUCCUGGAGUUAUGAUCAGACCCUUCGCUCAUAGCCUUAACUUCAACUUCAACGUUUCCGAACCUGAAACUUGGCAGCGUUAUGUGAUUAGCCUAAAUGGCUUUCUUCAGGGCUAUAAUGACAGUCUUCAAGAGGAAAUGAAUGUAGAUUGUCCUCCGGGACAAUACUUCAUCCAAGAUGGAGAUGAAGAUGAGGACAAGAAGGCCUGCCAAUUUAAACGCUCCUUCCUGAAGAAUUGCUCUGGGCUGGAGGACCCUACUUUUGGAUACUCUACUGGACAGCCUUGCAUCCUCCUCAAGAUGAACCGGAUUGUAGGCUUUCGUCCUGAGCAUGGAGAUCCUGUGAAGGUGUCCUGCAAAGUUCAGAAAGGUGAUGAAAACGACAUUCGAUCCAUCAAUUACUACCCAGAGUCGGCUUCUUUUGACCUCCGCUACUACCCUUACUAUGGCAAACUGACUCAUGUUAACUACACCUCCCCUCUGGUGGCAAUGCAUUUUACAGAUGUGGUGAAGAACCAGGCAGUGCCUGUCCAGUGCCAGCUGAAGGGCAAAGGGAUCGUAAAUGAUGUCAUCAACGAUCGCUUUGUGGGGAGGAUAAUCUUUACCCUGAACAUAAAAACCUAGGGACUCCGGGGCCACUCCCAGCAGUUCUGAUUCUGUUUUGUGUUAACCCUGGUAGCCCCUCGAUUCCUUUUUCUUCAGUUAAGACACAGCCAGAUGGACGCCUAAGACAGCAGAUCAUCUUUCCUUGCCUUUGACGUGUGUAUGAAGUGAUCUUGUGGGACCUGCUUGGCUUUUUCUUGAAGGUCAUCUCUCCCGAUGACAAAUAGACUAUAUUAAUUUCGUCUCCUUCCCUCAAAUUCAAACCUAUUCUUGCUGCUAGAAGUCUCACUAUAUACACAAACAGUAUCCGAUAGCCUUCACCAUUGUCAGGACAUUAUCUAUCAUGUUUUCUAAAAAUGUGUUGGUUUUAGAGGUGAUAUUAUUCCCAGCCAGGUGGAUAUUCUAACCCCCGCCCCUCCCCACCUCACCUUCAAAACUGCCUUCUAAGGUCUUUCCUCAAAAACCAACAUCAGACAAACCAAGACCAUACUAUACCUAAGCCACU